AUGAAACUUGAGCCGGGAACAGUCGAAGCUCUUUACAACAGCCAGACCAGCAAUCCGCUGUACAAGAGUCCAAUCCUCCAGAUCACAUCUCUAGGAAAGUUAUCUGUCGCUAUUGGAGAUAAGCAAAGAUAUCGAGUCAAUCUGUCUGACGGUGUGAACUACAUGAAGGGGAUUUUCUCCAGUGAGCUCACACCUCACUUUGAGAAGGGGCUUGUGAGUAAAUAUAGCCUGAUCAGGCCUGGAAGAUUCAGCGUAAGGUCAAAAGACGGCAGUGUAUACAUAUACAUCCAGGAGAUUCAGGAGUAUGAGGACUGUAAUGUCGAGAUAGGAAAGCCCGUAAACAUAAGCACCGGCAAUGCGUCUUUCAGCGACAACCAACCCAGCCCCGGGAAUCUAAAACGAGUAGAAGUAAAUCAGCAGCAUUGGAAGCAGGCUGAUGAGGAAGAUAAAAAAAGAGUAAAGAGGGAUUCCAAUUGCGAUGGGGAAUUUACAGCAAUAAACAUGCUGAAUCCGUUCCACAACAAGUGGGUUAUAAAGGGAAGGGUAGUGGUGAAGGGCGAUAUAAGAAGAUUCACUAACCAGAAAGGCGAAGGAAAAGUAUUCAACUUUGAGCUUUCAGAUGGGACUGCGCAAGUGAAGAUAAUAUGCUUUUCUGAUUGUGUUGAUAUAUUUUUUCCGAUAGUGGAGGUUGGGAAAGUGUACACUGUCACAAAGGGGACAGUAAAGAUGGCAAACAAGCAGUACUCCACAAACCCGUUUGAUUAUGAAAUAAUUUUGGACAAGAAUUCUGAGGUUAGGUGUGCAGCCGAUGAUGGAUCGCCUCGAUACUUUUUCAAUUUUACUAAAAUCUCUGAUAUAUCGCUUGGAAGUGCCUACUGCGAUGUAAUUGGAGUUGUUAAGGAAGCAUAUGGCCCUUCGACCGUGAUGGUCAGAAGCACGCAAAACGAGCUUCUUAAGAGAGAUGUUGUUCUUGUUGAUGAAAGCGGGAGUGUAAGAUUAACCCUGUGGGGGCAGAAGGCUGAGAUCGAUAUCGAGGAGGGGGUAGUUAUUGGGCUGAAGUCUAUCAAGGUCAGCGAAUUUAAUGGGAUCUCGAUAUCAACCACAGGAGGGUCGCAGGUUGUGGUAAAUCCCGAUAUUUCUGAAGCACACGAGCUUGCUGGAUGGUAUCAGUCGAUUGGAAAGAACAUGCAGGUGACUCUCCCGCGAAAAGAAGAAAAAAGGAGGCUAGUACAGGAAGUCAAGGAAAAUGAGCUGGCCUAUUCGACCAUCCAAGGGACUGUAAUGUUCUUAAAGGAAGAUGCUCUAUGGUAUGCGUCAUGCAAAGGCGAGGGAUGCAAUAAGAAGGUCAUGAUAGAGGAGGGUGGAAACUACAGGUGCGAGAGAUGCAACAUGACAUACGAGGAUUGUAACUACAGGUACAUGGUCACAAUGCAUCUUGGAGACUUUACUGGGCAGAUAUGGGUGAGUCUCUUUGACGAGGCUGCAACGGGAUUCUUCGGAAUAUCUGCUAAGGAGAUGAAAGAGAUGAGCGAGGAGUCUCCUGCUGAGCUACAGGCACUAAUUAGGAGGAUGUGCUUCAGAGAAUGUUUGUUCAGAAUCAAGUCGAAGCAGGAUAACUAUAACGAUGAGCUUAGAAUGAGGUACAGUGGAUUGAGCGUGAGUGCCUUGGAUAUUUUGAAGGAGUCAAAGAGGCUUCUCGAUGUGAUUGAGAAGGCAUAG